AUGUGCCAGAAAUUGUUUGGAAGAAACAUCAAUUGUGUGUCGCUCAUUCGAUUAUCAAGUAAGUUAACUUUUUCUUUUUAUUUGUCAAGUGUACGUCUUGAGCCUGGAAAACGGGGUUUUGUAUUUAAAUAUUUCGUUUUUUUUUUGGGGGGGGGUUCUUUUCCCGCCCGUCCUCCAUUUUACUUUCGCCUCUCGUCUUCAUGUCUUGAGGUCUUUUCUUUCUUUCUUUCUUUCUUUCUUUCUUUCUUUCUGUUCCUUCCCUUCAUUCUUACGUCUUUCCCUCAUUAUUUUCAUAUUCCAUCCAUUUUAAUUUUCGCCAUCCGUCAUUUCUUUUUCUUUCUUGCUCCUUUCUUUCUUUCUUUCUUUCUUUCUUUCUUUCUUUUUCUUCCCUUCCUCCUUACUUUCCUUCCGUCUUUCUUUCUUUCUUUCUUUACUUUCCUUCUUUUUUUCUUUUUCUCUUUCUUUCUUCUUUCUUUUUUUUCUUUCUUUCUUUCUUUCACCUUUUCUCUAAAUUCCUUACGUCUUUCUUUCAUUAUUUUCAUACUCUCCUUUCUUUCUUUUUUCUUCUUUUCAUUCACCCUUUCUUUAAACUCCCUUCGUCUUCUCCUUCAGUAUUUUCUCAUUUCUUUUUCCUUCUCUCCAUUCUAUCUCACUCUCUCUUUCUUUCACCUUUUCUCUAAAUUCUUUACGUCUUUCCUUCAUUGUUUUCAUAUUCUCCUUUUCUUUCUUUCUUUCUUUCUUUCUUUCUUUAAAUUCAUUCCUUCAUUCUUUCAUUUUCUUCUUUAUUUUUUCUUUUCUUCUCCUUCCUACCUUCUUUCCUUCCUUUCUUUCCUUCAUUGCUUUUUCAUUUCAUUUUCUUUGCCUUCUUCUUUCAUUUCUUUUUCAGUUUCAGUUUCCCUCUUUACCGUCAUUCUUUCCUUCUUCAUUUUUCUUCCUUCUUCCCUUCCUUCCUUCCUUCCAUGCAUACCUUUUCUCUCUCUCUCUCUCUCUCUCUUCUUUCUUCCUUAUUUUUCACUUUUCCUCUUUUCUUGGUAA